AUAAUACGGCUAUGGCUAACUACGUAGUCACACUCUCGAUAGUACUGCUGCUGUUACACGCAGUUACAGUUUGCUUCGGACAGUGCAAUCCUUCCCCAACUACGGCAACGGGAUGGAAGGCUCCUCAAGGGCCGUACUGCUCUGGACAGUUGAUAUUCGAGGACAACUUUGAUUAUCUCGACAGAUCUGUUUGGGAGCAUGAGAACUCACUCGGUGGUGGAGGGAACAACGAGUUCCAAUGGUACUCCGGAAGUGGUCGAAACUCGUAUAUCAAGGAUGGGCACCUUGUUCUGAGACCUACACUUACCUCCGAAGAAUUUGGUGAAGAAUUCCUUUCCACUGGAACGAUCAACCUUUGGGAGACGGAUGACUUCAAUAGAUGUACUGACGAAGGUGAAUGGGCUGAACAGAUUCGAGGAUGCUACCGCCAGGGUAGUCCCGAGUACAUUCUGAACCCGAUUCGAAGCGCGCGUCUUCGUACGCACAAUUCAUUCGGGUUUAAGUUCGGUAGACUGGAGAUUCGUGCUAGACUCCCGGUCGGAGAUUGGAUAUGGCCAGCACUGUGGAUGAUGCCAAAGGAUGACUACUACGGAUACUGGCCCAGGUCUGGCGAAAUAGACAUAAUGGAAUCGCGCGGUAAUCGGGAUUUGUGGCACUAUGGCGAGCAUAUUGGAGUGAACAAAGUGUCGUCGUGUUUGCAUUUUGGCGACAGUCCCGAUUACCGUAGCCAGUUGUGCAACUCCGAUCACCGGGACGGUCUCUACGCCUUCUUCCACAACUAUCAGCUUAUUUGGACGGAAAAUGUCAUUCAGUUCGCGAUUAACGACCAGGUCUAUCACACUAUCACUCCGUAUGAAGGAUUCUGGCGCCUUGGGGGGCUCAGUUUCAAUCCAUGGCCGGAGGGUACUCUAAUGGCACCCUUCGAUAAGGAGUUCCAUCUUUUGCUGAAUGUCGCGGUUGGCGGAGACUACUUCCCGGAUGGUGCAUCGAAUCCUCACCCGAAACCUUGGUACCUCGGACAGUCGACGGCUAUGACCAGUUUCUGGAAUGCUCGAGCGGAUUGGUACAGCACCUGGGGUGAAGAGGCGGCCAUGGAGAUUGACCAUGUUCGAGUUUGGGCUUUGUAAAAAGCGUUUGCGUCGUAGUAAAAGUUGAUGCACGGGAAGAUAUCGUAUUCAGAUUACAGAUAAGAAAGUGGGUAAUUGUUAUAAUGUGAUGAAUCAAGUAUCUCCCGGUAGUCGCGUGAACAUGAUGAGAGCAUGCCUCUCUGGAAUGUAAGAAAAAUCGUCGAAGAACACAAGUCGCUGCUCGUUCAGCUAGCCAACAACUACUCCCGGAGAUUCAAGAGAUAUAAUUUAUCACUAUUCUGAUCUUUUGUGGUAAAAUUUAGAUUUUUGACAACUGUUAAACGAGUUCUAUAAUAUCAACAAAAAUAAAGUUUUGUAGUCAUAGAA